UUCUCCUCUUUCUUCUCCGUUCGCUGCGAUGAAGCGCGUGUUUCCCGAAGCUUGAAAUUUAAAUUAACUAAUUAUAACGCCGGAUCGUUUAAAAGUAUAAACUUCGGAUUGAAAGAAACUUAUAAGUUCAAAGUAAAAACAUUAAAAGUGGACGCAAAUCGUUGAAUUUCGCAUUGUUUUACAACUACGCGCAGAUCCAAAAAAAGUUCCGUUAGAUCGCCAUUUUCUUUGGCCUCCUUUUCGCUUCUUCGUUCAUUCAUACAUUCUUGUGAAGUGCUUUUCUUCUCUCAUUUCGCGGCUUUUUUUUUAGAACUUUGUGUUUGAUAAUUCCGGAAAAUGCCGAGUUCGGAGGAAAUGACGUGUGUGGUCUGUGGAAAUCCGGCCGGGUUGAUGUGCCAGCGGUGCGGAGAGCCCUAUUGCAAGGAGGGAUGCCAGCGGUUGGAUUGGCAGCGUCACAAGCACGUUUGCAUCAUAAUGCCACCCUUGGUGGCUUACAGGCCCCUUCAGCCGGCGCAGCUCGUUCAGCAGCCGCCUAAUCCCAUCAAGAGCUUAGAGACGGCUGUCUCUAAUCUAACUCUGGCUGAUGCUCCUACCAAAUCGCCAGUUCCGAUCCCGAAAUCGGAUUCCACACCCAUGGCCACUCCCGAACCGACUGCCGUCGUCCCGAAGGUGCCCGAACUCUCCGAGAAUUGGCGCGAUCAUCUUUUGCCCAAAGGCGAGGAGUUCUUCGAGUGCCGCGUGACCUUCAUGGAGAACGAUGGACCCAUCUGGGUGGUGCACGUGGCCAAUGUGGAGAGCAUGGAGCGUUUGACGGACAACAUGCAGCGCUGUAUGCAGCUCAAGAAGCUGAUUCCCUUGCAAAACGUCAAGAUGGACACCCUGGUGGCCAUCAGCGUGGACAACAAGGUGCACCGCGGUCAGGUGCUGAGUGUCAGCGAUCAGAAGGAACUAGCCGACAUUCGGAUGAUUGACUAUGGCCCCGUGGUGGCCACACCCUACCGGGAUAUCUAUUCCGUCGUCCCCAAGAUAGCCGAAUUCAAGGCCUUCGCCUUCCGCGUGAAAUUGCCCACGAACACUGGAGUUCAGGUCAACAAGAACCUGACGCUCCGCUUGCUGGGAACCAAAACCCACAAUGGGGUUUAUCAUGUCCACCUGAAGCCCAAGAUGACCAUACCACUCAGUCUGCCCAUGGAAAUGUUGCAGCUGAAUCCAGAGGUUAGGGUGAUCCGGGUGUUUGAAAAGGAUGCAACAGGCAACGAACCGCAGGUGGCUCUCCUGCAGAUCAACGUGAUGGAUCACGUAAACACGGACUUGAAUGCCAGUCUGGCCGGGAAGCCGGGACAACCGUUCACGGGACCCUUUCCCGAGGAGAAGUGCACCUUCUUUGUGGCCGCCCGCACCAAGGAGGGCUAUCGCAGAGCCUUCCUAUUAGAUCACAUUGUUAAGCCCACGCCCACGUUCUUGGUUUACGAGAUGGACGAGGGACGAGUUUCGGUUACCAACGAGCUGAGUCGGAUUCCCAGCGAGCUACUUGGCCUGCCCAUCCGUGUGUUUGCCGCUCAGCUUAAAGACUCCGUGCCAAAAGAGCUCGAGACUCACAGUGCAGAGCUCACGGUCAAGUUCAAGUUGGAUAAUCCGCCGCCCGAAAAGUUGCGCGCUGUCAACGGCGCAUUGCUGGCCAAGGGCGAGCAGAUUUGCAUGGCCCGGCUGAGCACCUUCCUGGGUCAGAUAUCCGACUUGGGCCACAAGUACUGGCGCGAACCCAUCGACAAUGGCGCAGCCGUAUUCAUCACCCAUGUCGUCAGCUACAAGGAGGUGUACAUAAGCUCUCCGAAUAGCAAGCAGUAUGCUGCGAUCUUCAAGCGUCUGGAGUCGAAGUGCGCGCCCGUCCAGGAGUCAAGCGAGAUUUCCGUUGGAUGCAUCGUGCUGGUGGCCUCCAAGGCGACUGGAACCUUCCGAGGCGAAAUACUGAGCACCGAUGACGGCGUCUAUAAUGUAAAGAACGUUGAUACGGGUGCAACCCAAACUCUGGAAUUAACGGCAAUGCGCAAAUCUUGUCGCUUCCUGGAGAAUCUGCCUGUCUGCCUGAUGCGCGUCCAGCUAAAGACCGUAUGCAAUAUUCCGGAUGCAGCUGUGCCAGCCAACAAUGCGGCUAUCCAGAUGUUGCACAAGCUCUGUGGCCAAAUGGAACUGCUUGACCUGGAAAUGGUGGAUGCGACUACGUCGACCGUGGACCUGCUUUCCAACUCCCACGAGCAGAGCUCCUUGGUGACUCGCAUGCUGCCACUCAUGUUUACGCCAGUGCAGGAGGAAAAAGCGGAUGUUGCACCGCCAAAAGCAGUUCUUACUCCGGCACCAUCGCCUGCCGCCUCGCCAGAGCAACGCAAGGUGCCGGCACCGAUUUUCCUGGAGGCUGCCAAAGAUCUGCCUCCACUGCCGCCCUCGCCACCGAACUCUCCUCCUCUUUCCGGAGCGGCAGCCAAUCAAGAGACUUUCGAACGCUUCUUUUUCAAUGCCAUGCCCAAGAAACUGGUUCCCCUGGGCGACAAGGUCAGCAUUAUCCUCUUGAACGCUGGCGGUAUGCCGGAAAAUGGCUACAUCACCGCCUGCUUCUUUGAGAACGGAAAGGUGGCCGAGGAUUUCCAGAAUGUGCUCAAUAUGGUGGCCAAGCAGGGAGAGUGCCAGCACAACGCUGUGCCGGGCUAUGUGCCGGGCGUUGGUGAACUUUGCUUGGCGCUCUUUAGUGAAGACAAAAGCUGGUAUCGCGGAGUUUGCCAGGAAAUCAAGGACAAUAAGGCAAAGAUUCUGUACUGUGAUUUUGGAAACUGGGAAUAUGUGGAGGUGGCAAAUCUCAAGCCGAUUUCCAAGGAUCUGCUGAAUGGAGUCUAUGCCACCAAGUGCUACAUUGAUGGCUUUGACAAAUCGAAGAAUUUCGCCGCCUUGGAACAUCAUCUCGUGCACAAGAGCCGGUUCCUUUGUGAAGUUAAGAAUGGCCCAGAGCCCGAUACGCGUCUCAUUGCGAUUCCCAAUCUGCAGAACAUACUAAACUCACCUACUGCCUAAUUUAACGUGAGUUUCGACUUUAGUUACUGACAACAUGGAUCGCAUUCCUUCUGUUUUUAGCAUUAAGUGUAUACCAAAGUGUAUUUUCGAACACGGUUUUGAUAACCAUUUGUGUUUGUUGUAAAAGACAAUUCCUAGACGGAACCUAAGAAAUCAUUUAACACCAUUCUUUUCACAUUUUCUAACAAUUUAUAUUUUUUUAAACAUCUUGUAAAUUUAAGCGCAUAAGAGAGAGUCGAUUUGUGAGGGAUAAAAUAAGACUACCAUGUUGGUAAUUUCGUAUCUACAACUAUCUUAGCCGCAUUAGAAGAAGCGG